UGAUCUUGAACGGGCCGACAUAUUCCUUCGUAGGCGUCGUUCGGACCAAAGUGUGAACGUUCACCUGCGUAUAUAGGAAUAUCGUUCGUUUUUAAAAGUUAAUCAUUAUAAACAUUUGAAACGGGUUUUUAUACGUUACUCGAUUCGUAAAUUCCGUGAUUAUUUCGUUUUUCUUUUGUUCUUUUUCAAUUUUUUUUUUCUUCGUAAUCCCUCAAAAAGUCAAGAAAAAUAGUUUCGAAAAAGGAAAGAAAAAAAAAAAGAAAAAAAAACCAAGAAGAAGAAGAAGAAGAAGAAGAAAAAUUUUUUCGGGGACAGAACAAAAUGCGUGAUCUAGAGAAUCAAAGAAUCUUAAAGGACGAAGAAUGUUUCGAGGUGGUAAGGAAGAAACUUCAUCGAGAUUGCAUGGAGGAUUUCUCUUUGAUCGAUUACGAGUUAGUACCUAUAGACGGUGUCAAUGGUUACAUGGGUCAAUAUUUUAAACUGAAAGCUACGGUCGCACGUCCGAUGACACCAUUGGAAACGAAAGAUUUGAAUUUCUUUACGAAGAUACCACCGCCUAUCACUAGCCCACAAUAUAAAUUCAUUCAACAAUAUGGUACCUUCAAGAAAGAAGUCGAACUUUAUACCAGAGUAUUUCCUGAAGUUUUGAAUGGUCCUGAACAAAAAUAUAUACCAGAGUGUUUUUUGGGUUUGGAAAAUGACGUAAUUGUAUUGGAAGACAUGGCGUAUAGUGGAUUCAUUAUGACCGACAAAUUUGAACCAUUUGAUUUUGAACAUUGUCAGGUCUUGAUGAAGACACUUGCUAGGUUCCAUGCAAAGUCAUUUAUUUUCGAGGAACAAUAUAAAAAGAAUUUACACGAUGAAUUCUCUCAUUGCAUGCAAGAAACACUUUGGUCUCAAAAGGAUGGUAAAAGUAAGGCCAUGUUCGAUGCUGCUGUUAAGGGUACCGUUUCCAUGAUCGAGAUCAUACCAAAUUUGAACGAAGAUCAGAAGGAAGUUUUAAAGGAAAAACUCAUCGAUCUAUCGGCAAGUCAUAUGGAUAAAUUAUCACCCUCGUCUAAGCAUAAGAACGUCUUGUGUCAUGGCGAUCUAUGGGCAAAUAAUAUACUAUUUAAGUAUGACAAAGAUAAGAAACCAAUCGAGUGUUGUCUGAUAGAUUUUCAAUUAGCCAGGUACAAUCCACCAGCGCAUGAUAUAUUAUGUUUCUUUCAAUUCACGACUAGCCGAGAAUUACGAGAUAAACAUUGUGAGACCUUAUUAAAAAUCUAUUAUGAUUCAAUGACAGAAGCAUUGAAAGAAGCACAUCUGGACAUAUCAAUGAUCUUUCCAUGGAUCGAGUUUAUAUCGUCGAUUGAGGAUUUACGUAUUAUGUGCAUUAUUCAUGGUAUCUUGAAUACACCAAUCAUGCUCUUGGAUCCUGGUGCGGCCAGCAAGUACUUCAGCGAGGAACCUGAACUUCUCGAAAAUAUUCUCUACAACGAUAGGACACCUCUUAUUUGUGGACAAUUUGAGAAUGUUCCGAAAUAUCGGACCAGAAUGCUCGAGGGUUUGUUCGAGUUAUAUGAUCGUUUGAUCGAUUAAAUUUCUUUAUUUUUUUAGUUUAACAAAAAAGUCGAUCUGUAGUAUUAUACGUAAUCCAACAUUGGAUUUCUAUUUGAAUUAAUCUGUACAAUUAAAAUAUUUAAAAUAUUGUAAAAAGUAAGAAUUUAAAAAAAAUAAUUGUU